AUUUAAUUACUUUUUCAAAUAAACUUCAAUAGCUCAAAACAUAACAAACAGGUACUAGCGUAAAGAGAACAGGUAGUCACGUGACUAAUACCCGUAAGCCCUCUCGGGUGCUCUACAUCUCGUCAGCGUCCUAAAACUACAACUGACUUGAAAKAGUAUUUCUAGAAUUGAUGACAUCAUGAGUUUUGCUCGUAAAUCACAACGACAAUGUUACCGUUGUUUCCUUUGGUUUUCAAUCGAUUUGACAUCUUUAUUGUCAGCAAAACAGACUUGUGUGAACAGUAAGCUUACUGACAGCUAUUUUACCCUAAUGACACACGAACAAUCCACGGGUUUUUUCGCCUAUGGUAAGGGUGGCACUGUGGAUAGGGUCCAUUGCGGAUAACUUUCGCACGUUACGAAAACCAUCUCGACGAACUGCAAGAGGACUGUUAGUGUUGAUUGCAUUUUGUACAGGAGCCUUGGUUUAUUGGACUCAUUCAAACAUACAGACUCAAGGAUUAAAAGAACCACGAAUUCAACGUCGAGCACGCAGCCAACCAAUCACGAAGCACCUCAAACUAAAGAAAAARCAUCUUCAUUUCCCGGAUGAUUACCACUCUAAAGGAGUCUUAUCUCUACCUUAUGGAGACAUUGUGGAGACCUUUGAGGUCUGGUACUCAGGCUCACGCGGUAUGAGUAGGAUUGACUAUUAUGGAGGAAUGGAUCGAACYUAUCAGCGCAGCGACUUGGGAAAAUAUGGYUUUGCAUGUAAAGUUGUCCCAGAAUUUUCCGAAAAGACUCAAAAGACUUUCAAAGGUUGUCUUCAUCGUCAAGGAACAAAACAGUUUGGAAUMAAACCUCAAAGCAUAAUYCCGUCAUUUGACUUCUUUGCGUUUGAUGGCCACGUUAACUUUCGCGGCAAGCCAUGCUCAAAGUGGAAACAUAGUUUUAAAAUCUACAACAAAGUGAAUACGUACACAUUCUACACGUCACAGUCGCGACCAUACAAACCAGUACGAUAUGAGAUGAUGGGAUACGAUACACUAUUAUCAUCCUACUAUGAUCAUUACAUACUCGACUAUCACUCGUUUGACGCAUGGAAUUUUGACUACAGCGUCUUUAAAAUACCUUCGAAUUUAAACUGUUUUGACUUCACAAAAGGACACUUAGCUGGAGCUGUGGGAGAGAUCAAUCCCAUGUCAGAAUUUAUGCCUCAUCRACAUYYGUCAGAGUUAAAACAGCCAAUKACCACUACUCCCCCUCCCUCUACAACCUCAUCUUUAGACGAAUCUGAAAACUCUUUGGAAUAUUUACUGGAACAGCUAAAGAAAAUGCCUUACAGUGACAACAACCCAAYAAAACCAUCAAACACGYCCCUUAAACAGGUCCCAAAUAAYAAAAUACAUCACCAAGCCACUUUGCAACACUACGAGGACAUUUUGAACGAACUGUUUUCUGCGUUCAAACGGAGUUUUAACAAGGAAUAUGGAUCUCAUCAUGAACACGAACGACGGAAAGACAUUUACAGACAUAACAUGAGAUUCAUCAAGUCUCGUAAUAGACAAAACUUGACGUACAAACUGAAGCCAAAUCACAUGACCGACAUGACCGCUAAGGAGGUUGAGCUGCAGAAAGGCUUGUUGCAUGGAGUUGAUAGUGCGUUCAAUGGAGGAAAAACAUUCUUUACAUCAAAAAGUAGAAAAUUACCUAACCGUGUGGACUGGAGAAAAGCCGGUGCUGUCAGUCAUGUCAAAAGCCAAGGAAUCUGUGGUUCUUGCUAUGCGUUCGCUGUAGCGGGUGCYUUGGAAGGAGCGUACUUUAUCAAGACUGGUAACCGAUUAAACCUCUCCGAGCAGCAGAUCGUUGACUGUACGUGGGGUUUUGGUAAUCGUGGCUGUAAGGGUGGCUAUCCUUAUAGAGCAAUGCAGUGGAUACUAAAACAUGGUGGUCUUGCUACAGAAGAGAGUUACGGAAAAUACCUUGCACAGGAAGGGUACUGCCACUUUAAAAACACAACUAUUGGAGCUAAACUGGAAUCUUACAUGAACAUCAGGAAGGGCAAUACAAGCGARUURAAAAUGGCCGUCGCGUUAUAUGGUCCUGUGACUAUCCUCAUAAAUACACAACCUAAAUCCUUYAAGUUUUAUGGAUCUGGAGUUUAUUAUGAUGCGCAGUGCACUCAUGCAUUGGACCACGCUGCACUAGCGGUAGGGUACGGCGUUGAGAGGGGCAUACCAUAUUGGUUGGUGAAAAACUCAUGGUCAGARAUAUGGGGCGAUAAGGGUUAUAUUAAGAUAGCCAUGAAGGACGAUAACUGUGGUGUGACUCAGAAAGCUGUGGUAGUUUCUGCUAAAGCAACAUAAUGUUUACAGGUGGAACAACCAUGGAAGAGUUUAGAAACGAAGAGCUUUGGGCUUUCCAAAUAUACAGCAAUAAACAUAUAACAAAGUUAUUAUAAGCAUUUGAAUCCUAUGAUUUGGAGUCAAGGCAUAUUGAACAACAUAGGCAAACGCGAUGCAUAUUGAAAAACAUGUAAUUGCUCUAGGAGCAGUUAAUCAUAUUGUAUUAUUUAAUGUACAGUAUUUCAUAAUUUUAGCGAGAUGAAAAAGUCUCAACAGCUAAAAUGAUUACUGCAUUUUGUAUUUUUUUGUCCAAUUAUUUAUAUUAUUAUUAUUAUCAAAUUAAUUAUACAUACCGUGUAUUAAAAUGAAAAUAUUGUACAUCCAAAGUAAUGUAUAUAUAUUUGCAAAAACAAAUUUUGUAUUUUAUUGARUUUAAAUGUUUAUUUUAAUAAAUGACCUUUUGUAUAA